AGACCCAUGACAAACGUGAUGCCUCACCAUACUACUACUAUUAUAAGAGAGGAGAAGGAGAAGAUAAACGUGACGCCUCUCCAUAUUACUACUAUUAUAAGAGAGGAGAAGGAGAAGAUAAACGUGACGCCUCUCCAUAUUACUACUAUUAUAAGAGAGGAGAAGGAGAAGAUAAACGUGACGCCUCUCCAUAUUACUACUAUUAUAAGAGAGGAGAAGGAGAAGAUAAACGUGACGCCUCUCCAUAUUACUACUAUUAUAAGAGAGGAGAAGGAGAAGAUAAAC